CAACAGUCCAAUUGAAUAACACUGGAAUGUUCCACGACACAGCUAAUGGCAAGUCCACAAGAAUCUGUAAGAUUUUCAUUGCAUUAAGACAUUUUUACUUAAGAAUUAAGUGAUGGUAUGAUGGUAGUCUCUUACUAAUUUAGACAAAUUUGAAAAAUUUUGAACAGAUAUAAUUUUGAGACAAAGAAAAAUCAAUAUUUCUUGAUCGUAGGAAUCCAUGCCUGUGGAAUUUCUAUUCCACUGUCCCUGUUGAUAUUGUUAGGGAUAAUCACCUCUUUGACCCUGUGUGUGUAUCAGUGAGUGUUAAGAUAUGAUACUUUCAAACAAAACAAAACAGUUCACGAAAGAAGACAGUUGUUGAGUCAAGUGGCAAAAAUAUCUUCAGCCAUCUUGCCUUUCAUUGUUUAUUUCAUAAUAAAUCUUUGUUUUGUUCAAUGUCUUGUUGAUUUGUUCUCUUGUAUUUCUUAAUUCAUAUGUCAGCAGCACUGGAGCAUAUACAUGUUGAUUCUAGUGUUAAUAAUGUGACGGUUGGUGGUAAGUACUCUUGUCUUUAAUUUAUGACACCAGGGAAUUGUGAUUAAUUCCAUUGACACCCUCAUCAUAACGUGAAUGCAAACUGGGUGACUCUCCUCUGUCAAAUGAUAGAUAUUAUUAUACAUUAGACUUACUAAAACAAGUCUGAUUGGUUGAUAGCAUUCAAUUAAUAUACAGUUUAGUGUGUGAAGUUGACAGGAUAACCUGAUAUCUGCAGUUGAUAUUGGAUUUAUCAUGUACAUGUCUGCCUAGUUUCCAAGCCUCUUGUCUGUGUAGUGUUUUCAAACUUUUGUGAACUCAGAGAGAAGUAUCUUCUUCAGCAGACUGUUUAAAAAUGCAUAAUAAAACAAUUACUGACAUUGGUUUUUGCAUGAUAUCAAGAAUUGUUAAACAUCAUGUCUGUGUCUUCUAUUAUAACUCAAAAUAUCAUGUAUUAAUUGCUUAAUACUAGCUGAUUAGAAAAUUAGAAAAAACUGAAAUACAUCAAUGGUUGAAGACAAUCUUAGUAUAAUAACUUGUUAUCCCACUGCUCUAUCUUAUUAGCAUUUCUUAUGAGGUGGGAUAAAAAAGUGUAUUAUGUGAAGCCCACCAGUUAAACAUGUUUUUUUUUUACAUUUCAAAAUAACCAACUGUCCAAUAUUGCUCGAUGUUUGUACUCUAUUUGCGCCUUUUUGUUACUCUCUUUGAUGUAUUUGGAUGAUGAAGAAAUAUAACAACAACUACAAGUUUAUCCAUACCAAAUUCUUCUUCUCAUUCAACCAAAUUCUUUGAAUUAAGAAUUUUAUGUCAGGCAGUAAGGAGAAUUACUAAUGAGAUAUUGGGAGUGAAAGGGUUAAGAUUAAUUGCUGAUUGUAAUAAUUUUUCUCUCAACAGUGCCUCCAUUUGGAAAUGUUACCAUUAAAUGGUCAUUUGGACAACAUUAUAUUGAACGCAUUGUAAUGGCACUCAACAGUGCUUCCAAAGUUAUUGGGAGAUUUCAGAAUGGAGAAUACCGCUGUUACAAGGGUGGCUUCCUCACAGAAACGGAAUGUCAGGAACACUACUCACUGACUGUGAAUGCAUAUGGUGACAUAAUUAUUGCAAUGAGAAAUAUCUCACAUCCAUAUUUUGGAAGCUACUUAAUAUCUGUUUACCGUGGACUAGAUGACAAAAUAGACACAUUAUGGAUUAUAAUCUGUAAGAAAGGUAAGCUGAGUACUUUCUCUCGUACUCUUGAAUACUUAAUAUGUGCAGUAUCCAGAGGGUGUAACAUUACCAUCAUCACCGGCUUACUGUAAUUUGUGAAGGAAAUGAAACGAAAUGAAAACUGCAAAUCUCACCUAUGUUUGUGAAUAAUUCAAUGCAUCAUUUAAGCCAUAGGGCACAAAAGUUAUUUGAAUUAUUAGUUGACGCUGUAGCUGUACUUUCUAUAAGGUGUAAUCAAAGUAUGUUGUCGAUGAAUAAUUUGAAUGCGUGACAUGACGCUUACCUGACUGGAAAUGCACAUGGAAAGUGUCGCAGCAUGUUUCUGGAUGAAAUAUCGUGGUUGCUGGGAAAAUGUAACUAACCCAAGCUCUUUUAUUUUCUUGAGUCUCAGAAUAAUUUUUUUUUCACAAAUUACAGAUUUCUAUUUUUUAAAUCAUUAGCAUAUUUCAAUUUUGCAAACUACAGAUUUCUAGAAAUUAGGGGUAUGUUCUGUUUUGUCUUUGGUUAAGAUAGACAAUAUCCUUCAUUCAGAGUGAGGUGUCAAUGAUAUAUUUUGGUCAUUUUUACCCCUUUAGAAAUCUGUGUAAAGGAGAUAGUAGACCCAAGCUGCCUUUAAACAAUUUUGUUUAUGCACACAAAAUGGUGCAGUAGUUCAAUGAUUAUGUUUUCAUUUUUCUUUCAGCAGGAACAACAGCACCGAUGAGCACAGUUAUUUCAUCCACAGGUACUAUACAAGAAAGUGAUAUAGAGAUUAUGAUAAACUAUCAGAUAACUGCUAUAUACUUAAGCUACCAGUGAAGAAAUUCUACCAGUUGAGGAUAAAUGGAUUGUUCACUUAAGGCAAACAGAAAAGAGUGUUAUGUAAAGCUAGCCCCAUUUUGUGAUACCUUAAUCAGUCUGCAGAUAAAUUCAAACAUUUAGUGUUACAAAUACCUCACCAAAACUUUACACAAAGAGGCAACUAUAAUGUAAUUUAGUUUUUUUUUCCCAAGAACAGGACACUCCUGUUAAAUUUUAGGUUCCAGUGAUCAAGAGAUUAUUUUUUAUGAUACCUCUAUUGGGAAAGUGCAUCACUCAACCAGUUAGUUAUUUGGUUCUUUAAUAGUCAUUCACUCAGUCAGUUAGGCACUUAGACUUCAGUUAAUCAGAACAUGUAUAGAGUGUUGUUUAACUGUUUCACUCCCAAGAUCUCAAUAAUUAAUUCUCCUUACUGUGUAAUACAAUUCUAACGAUGUUAGUUUGGAGAAUUUGGAGUGGGAUUAACUAAUAAUUCCCUGAUUUAUAUUUUCCCUUGUUCUCAUUACUGUGUGCUUGAGAAAAGGAGAAAACUGAACUGAUUAUAAUUAGUUCAAAAUUCCGCCCAAAGCCUGCCAAUUCAUAUGUGUCAGUUGGUGAUGAACAAAUACUCCCCAAAUCUUCAGCUAGGAAUCUCGGUGUCAUAUUUGAUGAAUGCUGUAAUAUGGUGGAACAUGUAAAUAAGAUCUGCAAAACGUCGUACUACCACUUAAGGAACAUUUCUAAAAUUAGGAAGUACCUCACUGAGGAAACUACAGAAAUUCUUGUUCAUGCAUUUGUUAGUUCAGAACUAGAUUAUUGUAACUCUUUAUUGUAUGGCCUCCCUAAGCAUAUGAUAAGUAGUUUGCAGUCUGUGCAAAACAUGGCUGCUCGUAUCGUUACUUUAACCAAGAAAUUUGAUCAUAUCACCCCUGUAUUGAUUCAACUGCAUUGGUUACCUGUUCACUUUCGGAUUCUUUUUAAAGUUUUAUUGUUAGUUUAUAAGGCCCAAAAUGGUAUGGCACCAUUAUAUAUCACGGAAUUACUUAGUUAUCGUACAUGUUCACAUAUGCUACACUCUACUGAUCAAAAAUUGCUGGCAGUUCCGAAGUCAAGACUUAAAACAUAUGGAGACAGGACCUUUUCUGUUGCUGCACCUAAACUCUGGAAUGAGCUGCCAUUAGAUCUUAGAAGUUUAGAUACAAUUAAUUUAUUCAAGAAACAUUUAAAGACCGAUCUUUUUAAAAAAGCAUAUAAUGUUUAAAUUUUUGAUAAUUUGGAAUAGGAUUUACUGUGAUAUUUUUAUAAAUAAGUCUACAAAUAGGUUUUUAAUUUAUUCAUAUUUUAUUACCAGUGGGAUCUUUUUAAUUAUUUUAAUAUUAGCGCUAUAUAAAUUAUGUUAAAUUAAAAAUUAAAUUAAAUUGAUACUCUAUUGAUAUAAUAAGGGGUGAAAAGGUUAAGUUUAUAUUAAUAGCUUGUUUAAUUAGGGACAUAGCAGCAGCAUGCAUGGCACUGUUAGUAAGGAAUGGGUUGUCUGUUCUUCUCUAAAUGUUAUUUUACAGCUAGCAUUUCAUUCAAUAUAGGUGUGACCAUCCAAGUCUAUGAAACUACUAAUGAACCAACAGUAACUACAACUCCAGGUACAAUUUGUGAAUGUACAAUGUAGUAAACAUCACAUAAUCAUGAAUAAUUAAUAUAUGCAGUACUGCACAAACACACCUCAAAUGUCAACAUUUGGAUGGCAAUCCCAUGAAGGUGUAACUAACUUGUUAUUUCAUGUCAUUUCUUACUUUUAGGAACAAGCAACAAAAGUGGGGCUGUCAUCGGUGGUAUCCUUGGGGCUUUAUUUUUUAUAGUCCUGAUUGGAGGAAUUGCAUUUUGGUUCUGCAAAAGAUGUAGAAGAAAAAGGGACUGCCAACCAAUCACUGAACCACAUGAUGACCAAUUUUGACCAAUCAGGACACACCACCAAAAUCAAAAUUUUUGCAUGACACAAGGUGAACAAGAUGCCACACAAGAGGAUGAAAAUAUUUUUUUAUUUUGGGGGAAGUUUGUGCAUAUGUAAUAAAAAUGAAGAACCCCCAAACUUGAAAUUUUGCAUAAUGCAAGGUGAACAAGAUGUCAUGCAAGAGGGUGAAAAUAUUUUUUCUUUUGGGGGAAGUUUGCCUAUGUGAAAUAAAAAUGACACACCCCAAACUUGAAAUUUUUGCUUGACACAAGGUGAACAAGAUGUCAUGCAAGAGAACGAAAAUAUAUUUUUUUUAUUGUAGGGAGAGUUUGUGCAUGCAAUGGACAACACUAUAAAAUCAGUAAUCAAAACAAACUUUUUUUUUUUUAAAUUAUGAUAACAAAAUCCUUUGUUUAGUUUUGGAAUGUGUAUUCUCCCUGCUGGAAAGUGCCAAUUUGAUUACUUGCUGUGUUUGUUUUCGGAAUUGUUGUACAAUUGGAUUACUAUUGAGUGUCAAAAAUGGAUGAUUCUUGGAUGCUGACUUUGGAAAUAAUUGGAAAAGCUCUGAAAUCUCGCGAUGAAUUAAUAGCAGUAACAUAUAAUGAUAGAAUGUUAAUUUAUUCUGUAAUUAUCACUCAUCGAGUGACAAAUGUUUCUGUACAUUUCAGUCUAUAAAUUUCAAAUUGUUCAUUUAACAGGCCUAUUUAUUUCUGGUCACUCUGUUUUAUUCAAGAAAUGGUUAUGAAAAAUUCAAAUGCUCAGAAUAUUGUUCCUCAAUUUUCCUUUUCAUUUUUUUUAUAUAUUCCAUACCUAAAACAGAUGUUCUGGUGACAUGCAU